GCCUCUUCCCUCCUCGCAAAAUCAAACCACCGCUCGUCCGCCAAACGCCGAGCCGACAAUGGCACAACUGGUGGGUCCUCUCCGCAAAGAGCUCGCCGACUCCCUCUCCUCCUGCCGGGUGCUGGUGGUCGGGGCCGGGGGCAUCGGCUGCGAGCUCCUAAAAAACUUGGUCCUCACGGGCUUUAAGAAUAUUGAAGUGAUCGACCUGGACACCAUUGACGUCAGCAACCUCAACAGGCAGUUUCUGUUCCAAAAGAAACAUGUUGGCAAGUCCAAAGCGCAGGUUGCCAAGGAGAGCGUGCUGAGAUUUUGCCCGUCUGCAAAUAUCACUGCUUAUCAUGACAGCAUCAUGAAUCCAGACUACAACGUGGAGUUCUUUAGGAAUUUCCAGCUUGUCAUGAAUGCUUUGGACAACAGAGCGGCCAGAAAUCACGUCAACAGAAUGUGUUUGGCAGCAAACAUUCCUCUCAUUGAAAGUGGCACAGCGGGGUAUCUGGGACAAGUUACGGUUAUCAAGAAGGGUAAGACAGAAUGCUACGAGUGUCAGCCUAAACCUACACAGAAAACCUUCCCAGGUUGCACCAUUCGCAACACACCCUCAGAACCCAUUCACUGCAUCGUGUGGGCCAAAUAUCUCUUCAAUCAGCUGUUUGGCGAGGAGGAUGCGGAUCAGGAAGUUUCGCCUGACACGGCUGAUCCGGAGGCCGCCUGGAAUCCUGCAGACGCAGCGGCACGAGCUACAGCCUCCGAGCAGGACGGAGACAUCAAACGAGUGUCCACUAAAGAGUGGGCUCGCUCCACAGGCUACAAUCCCGUCAAACUCUUCAACAAGCUUUUUAAAGACGACAUCAUGUAUCUGUUGACUAUGGAUAAGUUGUGGAAAAAGAGGAAAGCCCCUGUACCUCUUGACUGGACUGAGAUCCAGCAGCUGGCAUGUUCUCAGGAUGACGUCUGUGGGUCUGGUCUGAAGGAUCAGCAGGUUUUGGGCGUUCAGGGUUAUGCUCAGCUCUUCCAAUGCAGUGUGGAGACUCUCCGAUCUCAGCUCAAAGAGAAGGGUGACGGUGCAGAGCUGGUUUGGGACAAGGAUGACCCUCCAGCCAUGGACUUUGUAACGGCAGCUGCAAACCUUCGUAUGCACGUCUUCAGCAUGAACAUGAAAAGCCGUUUUGAUGUCAAAUCCAUGGCUGGGAACAUCAUUCCAGCGAUCGCCACCACUAACGCCGUCAUCGCCGGUCUCAUUGUUCUGGAGGGGCUGAAGAUUCUCAACUCAGACUUUGAACAGUGUCGCACGAUCUUUCUGAACAAACAACCCAAUCCCAGGAAGAAGCUCCUGGUUCCAUGUGCGCUGGACCCUCCCAAUCCCAACUGUUACGUGUGUGCCAGCAAACCUGAGGUCACCGUCAAACUUAAUGUGCACAAGACCGUUGUGCUGGCUCUUCAGGACAAGAUAUUGAAAGAAAAAAUUGGCAUGGUGGCACCGGAUGUGCAAAUUGAAGAUGGAAAAGGAACUAUCCUCAUCUCUUCUGAGGAAGGAGAGACUGAAGCAAACAAUAACAAGUUUUUGUCCGACUUUGGGAUUCGAAACGGGAGCCGUCUUCAAGUGGAUGACUUCCUACAAGAUUACACACUUUUGGUCAAUGUACUUCACAGUGAGGACUUGGAAAAGGAUGUGGAGUUUGAAGUUGUGGGUGAUGCGCCAGAAAAAGCGCCAGGCCCAAGUGCCCCAGAGGAGGGGAAAAGCAUUGCCAAUGGUAGCAACGAUUCUGCCCAGCCUUCUACCUCAUCUAAAGCCGCUGCAGACGAUGAUGAUGUCCUUAUUGUAGACUCCGAUGAAGAACCAACCUCAAGCACCAUGGAAACCUCCCCGGACACCAGUAACCGCAAGAGAAAACACCAAGACGCUGAUACAGACGAUGCUGCGUCCAAGCGCAAACGCGUUGACCAACACCCAGCCCAGGACGAUGAUGACAUCAUUGCUCUAGAUUAGCACAUUUCCUUAUGACUCCCAUCAGAGGAUUUUCCUCCAUUGUAUUUUCGUAUGGAUUCUCUUACCAACAUGUAAAUAUAUCUACAAAACGGUUCAAGUUCAGUGGAUGUCUUUUUCCUUCUGUCCUUUGUUAAGAACAGAAAAUAAGUUCUGAACUGCACUUGGUUCGAUUUUUUUUCUCAGAUGGAUAAAAUGCUUUUCAACUUUUUUACAAAUGUGUGCACCUCCCGGUGUUUCAGAAAAGCUGGAGAAAAGUGCUUGCUGUAUUUCAGUGCGUUUUAUCAUCUUUGAAAACCAUAUUUAUUACAGAUUUUCUGCAGCCAACCUUUGUUAUAUUUACCAUCAUUUUACAGUAUAGUUGUAUUACUGUAUGGGACUGUAUUAUCAACUGUUGCAUUGCUUAAGCACCACAAUGAAAUAUAUAGGGUUUUUUUUACAGAAAAAAUACACUUGGAUAAAUAUUUAUACCUUAGCGUUUCUUCUUAUAUUUACUUAUACGAUUUUUGCCCAGUAAAUAAUAAUCCCUAAUUUUUUGGUCAGAAUUGGCAGCUGAAUAAAGGGUCCGAAAACGUGUCGUUGUAGGGGUACAAUAUCUUGAUUGCUCGUUGGCGUAUGUUAGUGUAAGACGUUAGAACACGAUGUUUUUCUCUUUGCUGUCACGUAGAAAUCAGAGUCCACGGGCCACGUCGUGAUUGCUGUCAACAAACAAGAUGCUGCCAAAGACUAGAUGUUAAAAUGAAGGUAUAGGGGUGCAAAGUUCGUUAGGUCCCGACUUCGCGAUUGGCGCAUAACUCACAUCCUUGCGCAUGCGUAUUAGCUAGAACAGCCAGGAAAAGGUAUUUUUUGGCGCAAUUUGAGUUUAUGAAACAGAAUUUAUUAUACCGUUUAUUUCAGGUUUAGUCGUUUGUCGAAAAAAUUACAAUUUAUUUUGACAUUAGUCAGCAAUUUUAGAGAUAUCUGCCCUACCCCAUUCAAGUGGAUAGGGCUUGGUCUUGUAUGACUGAAGAUGCUGCCUGGAGGCGUGGAAAAUAUGGCCGCCGAGUUCGACGACUUUCUCAAAAAAAGCUUUGACGAUGCUGCUUGACUCAUAUUGUUGCCUAUUUUCUGGUUGCCAAGUGAAAUGUAAAUUUUGCGUCUUUAGUGGUUUAUUACGUAGACCUAUGUAAUGCAGUGUCUGCCGAACAUAGUGUAAAGAAGAAUUGCUGAUAAUUCCUAAAAAUAUAUCUUUGGGUUUGUAGUAACUGUUUUUAUAUAAUUUUUGAAUAAAUAGUUGAAUAACGAUA